AUUGUCUCAGAAGUACGAAGGAACAGGAGGGCUGAGUGAACAACAGGGAGCACACAUACCCGCCACUGAGUAAGAAAAUGUCAUCCUACACACAGAUCCUAGUGGCGCAAUUAUUGCUGGCCGGUUUAUUAGUAGCCGUGGUGUCGGGACAAAAUUUCCAUUACAGUAAUGGCUGGCAACCAGGCAAACGAGCGCCUAUGAUGACCUCUGGUACACAAUUGUGCAGCUUCAGACCUCAUAUAAAAGCCUUACUCCUUUGGAUUAUUGAAGAUGAAGUUAAAAGGAUUAAAUCUUGCGGUAGCUCGGGAUAUGAUGACAUCAUCAACCUUUUACAAUCAAAGCAAAGCGGACUCCCCUUGUCAUCUGGCAUGCCAAGUGACUCACAGUAAAAAGAUGGAUGGUUGAACUGAACAAAACAUAAAAACGGCCCAGUCGACUUACAAGCGCACAAUACUGUUUAAAAAGACAACAUCUUAAGAUGCCAAUUUUCUCAAAAGGACAAAAAAAGUGGAUAAGCUGUGCUGUUCGAGUCAGGAGCAAGAGUUAGACAUGUUUAAACUUAGAGAAAUGUUGUUUCUAAAGCAUUCUCGGGAAAAUAUACGCACAAACUGACGACAUAACAACUGUCUGCAACGGCCGAGAAAUAUAACAUCGAAGACUGAUCAAUCUGUUCCAAUCUUUAACAAACGCUUGUAUGUUAUAACGACAGAUCUAAAACAUAUGUCAACGUGUCUUAUAUGCAUUCCUAAACUAAUAAAAAUAGAUUGA